AUGAGCUUCAUUAAAUACCUCUGCGGAGGGAGCACCCCUCCCGUGCGCAGCCAUGCCACCGGUGCAGCCAUGAGGAUGCGUACGACACCCGCCUUCUUGUUUCUUCCCUCACAGAUGCGGCUCACAGCAGUGUGUCGCGUGAUGCAUUCUUCUGCGCCUCUACAUGGCGGAGGCAGCUGCCGGUGGAAUUGUUGUGGCAUGCCGCGUGUGUACGCACCAGCAGCGAUGGCAGCCCUCAUUGCUUCUGCCAGGUUUUGUAGCACAGCUGUGAGCGGGGAGAUCAACUCUGUGGAGGAGGGGAAGGGCCUGCAGGAGGCUGAGGCUUUCUUGCGGGAGCGGUUUGGGCCGCAGGCGAAGUUGGUGCUUCGACGGUGCCCAAGGCGUCGCGCACGACAGGCCACGCAGAGGACACAGGAGCCUGAGGGUGAGGAGGAGGAGGCGGUGGUGGUGGAGGAUGAAGAGCCUGUUGCGGGCGACGUAUUGCGAAGGGAACUCGCAGGAGCCACGAGAGAGUCGCACUCACCACAAGGGUUCACGAUGGAGUACCGGGCAUCGGCAACGUGCCGGUUGCUUGGGUUUCCAGUGGAGCUUGCAGCGGCAAAUGGCCAGCGGGCUGAUGAGGUUUUGGGGCGUGUCCUACAGGACGCUCUUGACAGCGACGUAAUUUUUAUACUUCCUCAGCCGAAGGGCUUAGCGUCGUCGCAGGUGUCACGUGGGCGUGGACGCGGCCAUGCAAAACGGGGUGGAUAUCGGCGCCACACCGCCGCGCCUUCUCUUUCACCGCGCCAACUGGAAUUUAAGGCAAUUAUGGACGAACUGCGAGAAUUAUGUGUACAUUUUAGUCGAGUAUUAAAGUUUGCCAUCAGAAGCCCCUCCAACGCCGAGCUGCGGAGGCAUCUGCAGCAGCAGCAGCAGCAGCAGCAAUACACUGAUGAGGUCAAUUAUGGUACUACUGGAAGUUCUGCAGGUGGUGCUGGUGUGACUCGUUCGGAGUGGAUUUGCAGGGCCUACGUGCGUGACGAGUGGGGAGUGGCGCCGGCGCUCACCUUCACUGGGGAGGUGCGUGGCCAGUCAGCGAAUGAUGCCUUGAUGCGUUGUUUUGCGAUGCUGCGGGACCGCUACCGUAACGAGCUUGAGUCCGCUCUUGUGCAGCUUGAAAGCGUUCGCGAAGUAGAGGCCUUCGUUCGCUCAUGGGGAAAAACCGUCGAGAGCCACUGUUUUGACGAGGGCGCGGAGGAGCCCUCGUCUGUCUCGUCGUCGACUUCGAAGCAAAAUACGGGGCGGCGAGAGGGCUACACAGAUGCGGUUCAUGAACCAGCCGACGGCGAACAGGCAGACGGCGCGGAAGGACCAGCGCCAGUGCCGGUGGAGGAGCAGUACCGAGUGCUGCGUCCGACCACCUUCACAGCUGCCGUCAUUGUCGAGGAUGUAUGUGGCAACAUUAGCGUGAAUCAAGUGAAGCGGCAGGCCACGCCACUGACGGCAUACCAAAAUGCAUCGGGGCAGGCACUUCGCUCGGAAGCCGCUUUCUCGCCGGAUGUUACAAUUCUUGAUCAGUGUCUUCCGUCGGUGCCACUAAUCACACGCAUGCGGUGGCAGUUUGACGCGAUGGUGCAUAGGCUUGCAAAGGAGCAUGAGAAAAAGCCGGAGGAAGUUGCCGUGAUUCGCAUCGAGGGGGACAGAACCAAUAGUUAUGGUUUAGACGGGAAGGAAACUGCGGUUUCUAAAAAGGGUGGUGCUGGCAGUGUUAGUGGUGUUGGCGAUGACACAACAAUCGAGAAGCAGUGCGUCUUUUUUACCGCGUGCUUCAUAUCUGACGGAAGUGUUGUCUGGCAGAAUACCGGCCCGGGUCGCUAUCGGCUUGAGUUUGACUGCUAUGUGCAGGGGCUCACGUACCUGCUUGACCAAUACCCCGACGUUGGGCGGGCGUACUUUGACGCACGUGGUGGUGGUGUAUUGUUUCCCACCACGCAGCUCUUGGAGCUAGCGGUGCUUAAGCAUGACAGCUACAACAUUGCCGCAAACCAUCGUGGAAAGUGGAACGUGUAUGCACUGCUUGGGACACUAACCUCGCAGCUGCUAGGUAGUUUUUACCAAACGGCAUACCAAGAGGACCGUGUUGCAGGUGAGGCAAGGGCAAUCCUCACUGUCAAUGACGGCCUGCGCUCGAAGCAGUUGUUAAUCCAGCGGCAAGCAAAAAAACGUGGAGAAGCUUGGCGUAGUGCGUGUCUCGAUGCAUUGCGUGAAAAUUUUCCUAACCAAUACCGCGAUGCACUGCUGCUUCACCCUGACAUUGAUCUUUCAAGUGAUACGAUGGCUCGUGGCAGCAAGUUUCGUGCUCUUCCACGCGAGAAACGUGUGGAACACGUUGGGAACCUAUUCUCACUUGUCGCCGCCUUUGCGGCGGAGGAUUUGGGAUGGCACAACUUGCGUGUGCGCCUGCGCAAUGCGUCGGGGGAUUUGGGUCUUCCACAGUGGGUGGCAGAGAUGGAGGCGCAGAUUGAGGGCGAGGAGCAGCGGCGCGUGGUGGCGAUUUCACCCCCCUAUUCACAAGUUAAGCAUGCCAGACGUGUUCUUGUGUAUCAGCUCGCACAGAAGUACUUUCCGAAGGAACUAGAGGCGUAUGCCAAACUUAAUCGUGGGGAUGCCGUCAACCCUGACCAGGACGCGCGGAAUGUUGAUAACGCCGUAUAUCGCGUGGGGGCAGAGUCGUUCGUGAGCCAGGUUUUAGCGCUCCUUGAGGCAGAGGCUUCUUCCAUGGCCCCCUUUACAUGGACGCUAGAGCAAUAUGUUGAUAGCAACACCUACGAUGGGAAUGACAAUGACGGUAGCGUUGAGUGUCUCCUUUGUCCUUUUCAUCCACGAUUCCGUGCCGCUGUUUACGGGCAGAAUGGGGACGUGCUUAUAAGUGAACGUAUUGGCAGUGAAGGUGAGGGUGCAGUGGUGGUACUGUGCAGCGUGCUGCGCGCAGCCACAAAUCGUUUUGCAGGCGAUAAGGGAGAGCAGCUAUGGACGGAGUACGAGUGCCAUGCGCCGCCACCGGUGAGUACUUUGCGGGAGUUGGCCUUGUACAUGUUCAACGCAUUUUUUGGCGUCUCGAAUGCCAGUAUCAUGGAUGCCACAGACCCUUUGUCAGCCGUUGCUGAGCAGCAGGUGGUUGACGUUGAGGCGCGUGAGUUGGGCGGGUACUGGUUCGUGACGCUUUCCCUCUCGCGGGUGGGUGGUUUGGCGGUGUCGCGUGCCAUCGCCAUGACGAAGCGGGAGGGAGUGCGGGACGUGGUGGUGUUGGCCUGUCGGCGUAAUUUUCCACGUCCGCUGCAGUACCUGUUGGCGCACUCAAAAGAGAUGAGUUCCUUCGCGGGGGAUAUAUUCGCGGCCCCGGUGGUGGAGGAGCUUCCCGAACCCGUGAUGCAAGACAUUAAGCGAGGCCUGGAGCGGGCGGAAAGCGCGGGGCCGCCACGGCCGUACACACUCCUGAGACGCUGCGUUACGCGCGACUUCCGCAACGAGCGUUGGUUGCGUGUGGAGCAGCUGCCCAGCAGCGGUAGUGGCUUUGCAUGCCGCAUUUACUUGCAGAAGCAUCGUCGUGAGUCCAAAAAGGGCGAGGUCCAACUUGUGGGGUUUGGUUCUGCCUUGACGCGUGCGCAGGCGCUCCACAUUGCCUCACUCUGCGCGCUGGAAAAUCUUUUUGAAAAGGACCUUGCGGAGGCUCUGGCGUGUUCGCCGGGUUACAGGGACCUGCCGUCACCAGAGUAG